CACGUAAGCCCGCAACAAUUCCGCGGCAGGCCCGACUCCCUUUGUGCUCGUCCUUCCUCCGCCCGCUCGGAACCCUAACCCUAAUUUUCUCUCUCUCUCUCUCCUCGAUCAUCGGCGAGAUGUCGCACUUCGGCCGGUCCGGUCCUCCCGACAUCAAGGACACCUUCUCCCUCCUCGUCCUCAACAUCACUUUCCGGACUUCGGCUGAUGAUCUCUUCCCCCUUUUCGAUAAGUACGGAAAGGUCGUUGAUAUCUUCAUUCCUAGGGAUCGCAGGACUGGAGAAUCUCGAGGGUUUGCGUUUGUGAGGUACAAGUACGCCGAUGAGGCGCAGAAAGCUGUGGACAAACUUGAUGGGAGGACUGUGGAUGGAAGAGAAAUCAUGGUGCAAUUUGCGAAAUAUGGUCCUAAUGCAGAGCGAAUUCAUAAAGGAAGGAUUGUGGAAGUUUCGAAGAGGUCCAGAAGCCGUAGCCCAAGACCAAGGUAUCGUGAUGAUUACAGAGAUCGAGAUUAUAGUAGGCGAAGUCGCAGUCGAAGCAGAGAAAGGUAUGGUCGUCACAGGUAUCGUGAUAGGGAUUAUCGCCGUAGAAGUAGAAGCCGCAGUAUGAGCCCUGAUUAUUAUAGAGGUCGUGGCAGAGGCAGGUAUGAUGAUGACCGAAGGAGGAGCAGAAGUCGCUCCUUUGACAGUGCUUCCCCUGUUCGACGUAGCCUUAGUCCCCGAAGAAGCUUGUCUCCUCGCAGAACCCCUUCUUCGCCUGAUAGAAGCCCAGUUAGGCGUAACCCUGCUGAAAGAUCUCCAGCUUCUCGAAGUGCUUCUCCUCGUGGUCGACGUCGUGAUUAUCACAGCUCAUCUCCACAGGGUUCCGAGGAUUAAUGAACUACUGCUACUGGAGUGCAAACAUGCUGACAUCUUUCUGGAGGAUUUCAUGAAAGUUUUAUGGUGCUUUUGGGAGCUCUGAACUGAUUCAAAGGUUGUGCUUUUUCUGUCAUGUCACCGUAUGUUGGCUAUUAGCAUUUUGACUGUGUUGUGGUUGCAUUGGUGCAAGUAGCUUCUUGUUGAACUCUGAAGACCUUUGUUCUUUAUUUGCUUUCUUUGUUGGUUAUGUUAUGGUUAGUGAAUCUUACUUAUGAUAACAUGAUAUCCUGCACUUUUUAGUUUUGUACGAGAGUGCGUUCUAGUAGCUGAUUGUCCGCAGCCUGUGACAUAAUGCAAAUGAAUGAUCUUGCUGAUGCUGUUUGUCGUUCUUCUUGAUGAUGAUGAUGAUGAUGAUGUUGGUGAUGAUGAUGAUUUCCAUUCAUAGAUGAUGUUGAUGAUAUUCGAUUUGAUGCUCCUGUCAGUAUCUCGCUGUCCCCAACCAUUUUAAGGGUUUCUUUUUCUGGACAUGAUCCAAGUUAACUAAUUCAUUAUGGUGGUCCUUUGAAUGGUAAGGAUUGUCUUUAAGAGUCUUAACCCUUUGGUCUUUAGUUUUUACUCUAAUCUUGUUCUGGUCGCUGGUGUUUUUAUUUUGUGAGCUUGAAAGGAGUAAUUGAGCAGUGAUGACCAUGCAGCUUCAUGUUCUGCAUUUUUCCAUACGAUGCGGAUGUGUCAUCAACCACAUCUAUUUCUACCCUUUUACAUGUGUUGCUGAUAUGUGAAGGAUUCGUUGCUCCAUUUACACGCAAGCUUUAAAGGUGAAAUACCAAAAAGCCAUUUCAGCGUCAGGGAUUUGUUGACAGGUCAAUAUGAUCCUCUUUUUUCAUAUACAUGAAAAUGGAUUGCUAUGUCCAGAUAAAUUAUAGCUGUACACGUGCUUUUUACUACUUAUGUUGUGAAUUGAUAGGAUUUUAAUUUGAAUUUUGUUAUCUUUCAACAUGUGGCAAUGCUGCCCAAGUCGUAGCUGUGAAGUGGGGUAGAUGGGGGAAAAUAUAGUGGAAACUGACCUGUUGGCUGCAGGAUGCUGUUGCUGUCCUGUGUGACUGCAGGAUGUUGUCUGCAGAGAGCAAAUGUUCAACUUUCACUGGUUCUGACAUUGGUAUGACCAUGUUAUUUCUCUCAUUUUGUGUGAUUCGUAACAUUUUAUUUACACUUCUGCUAUAGUAACUGAGACUAGUUAUGAGAAAUUCUGAUUACUAAAGGGUUGCCAUUCGUAGCCUAGAUUGCAUAUGCUUGCUUGCUUAUUAGCGAUGUAUUAUGAGAAAUGUGUAGGUUUGUGUAUUUUUAGCCAAUAUUUGUAAGACUAUUUGUGAA